AUGAGUGAUCCGUUCCCCUGCAGAUCAUGGCCUUACCACUCGGUCCCCGAUGGCCAGCGGGGUAUUCGGUAUAGCAGCUCACGUUCGUUUGCGCCUUUCCGCAGGACUGGGCACAUGUUAGCUGUAGGAAGUAUGGUUCCGAAAGUGACUUCAGUUCGCCAGUUCAGGCUCAACUCCUCGCUUUACGUUAGCGGACCUAUGGCUCGGGCCGGGGCUCCGCGCUCUUUCUUUCUGUGUGGGACGAUGCCGGGGAGAGAAGGGAAUGCGUCGAGGCGGCGAACAACAACAAGACAACUACAUUUUGGCUUUUCCCUCCAUGAGAUGAGCCCAGUGCAUUGGACCGAUGGAUAA